AUGAAUCCCACAAUAACAGAGCACGAUUUCCGAUUUCCCCGCCGACCCGCGGCGUCAGGCCGCGGUCCCGGCUCCGACUCGAGUGACGAUCCGCUGCCGAACUCGCUCCGCGAACUCAACUCGGACCGUCAGUCGGCAUUUAAUGACGCACAGAACAAGCUGGCCAGGACAGAGGCCUUUGAGGAUCUGAGGAACGGAAUGGCUCGUGUCAAGGACACCCCGGAGCUCUUGCAAGAGCAGGAUCCUCUUGCCGCCCAAGUAUGGCGCUUUUUCAGCAAAACCAAGACCAUGUUGCCGAACCAGGAGCGCAUGGAGAAUUUGACAUGGCGCAUGAUGCACGUCAAUCUGCGCAAACGACAGGAAGAAUCUGCGAGGAUAUCAUCUCCGACACCAAAGCCCAAUGCGCCGAGUGGUAUAGCACAGCAAUUGCGUCAGACACCGACACAGAAGAAGAGUUCAGCCGGGGAGAUGAGCCUAGACGACUUUAUAGACUCCAGUCACGGCUCGGGACCUUCGGGCCUUGCUGCCACCACACCGGAAGCCGGCAAGCCCGACAGCACCUCCACUAAUGCCAUUUCCUCAGCAAUACCCAUUAACAAGUCUCGCAAGAACGAGGUAGCUACUCAGUCACAGUUCAACCCACAGUCGGUCCCUGCUGCUGCCCAGCGUGGGAGAGUGGACAACGAGUUCGGAUACCUCAAGCGACAUCACAGGAAGACUAGCAUUGAUGACAGAAAGACAACCCGUAAACGACCAAGAGACUGCUCUCCCUUCCAGGUUCCCUCUAUCGUCACUGACACUUUGUCCAACGAUCUGGACGCCGAUACUGGUUUUAAUGACUACACACUUGAGUCUGCCAACGCCAUCAAUGUCAGCCAACCGAUGACGACCAAUGGCCGAAGCGCAUUCACCAUCGAUGCUUUCAACGUGCCCAGCGAACCGAUGAUUCACUCUGCCGGCCCGUAUCAGCAGAACUUUUCCUUCUCGCCAUCCACGUCUCCUAUGGCGCCCAACGGGUUCCCUCAACACAUGUUCAAUGGGCAGCCCAUAUCGAACUCGUUGGCCAACCCAGAUCUAUACUCGCCCCCUGGGUCUGCCUACCAAUCCCAGGUGUCUACGCCUCACCCCAUGAACGAGAAUGGAGACGGCUCUUUCUUCUUUGGAAAUGGUAUGGAUGUACGUCAUCAACGCUCUCAUUCUUUCAGGCAGCCAUCGGCCGCCCAGAACAUGCAGACGCAGCCAUUCUCCUAUAAUACCAACGGAGGAGGAUUCUUCCCACAGUCGAUGGCCAGUAAUGGCAUGUCUUCGUCAUAUGCCACAUCGGGCAACGCUUUUGGGCACAUCGACCCCGCCCAGGUCUUCCAGAAUGAGCAGUCUGCCCAAUCUCCAGGCUUCAACAUGAUGCAGGAGAACAAUGCGUUCAACUUUGGCGGACACUCGGACGACGAGGAGGAUGGUGGCGUGUUUGCAGACCGGAACCUAGCGCUUUCUAGUGAAUUCUCUCCAGGAGCCAUGGACGAGCCUGCGGUUGAUUUCGGCAGCAACCCUAUGGGCUGGGACGCUACGCUACCGGGCAACUUUAGCACGCAGGCAGCCCGGUAUCCGGCCGGUCCUCCCCGCAGGCAGAACACCAUUGGCGGGAUUGCAUCAGAGUUUGGCGAGAAGAACGGGGACUAUGCCGAGGGUGGCCUGGCCCGUUCCCAGUCCCAAUCGUUUCACGGCAACCAGGCCGACUCUCGCCGUAGGAUUCCACGCAACGCUUCAACGACGGCCAUCCCCAAUAGCCAGAUGCAGUACGACCAGCAAGGUGCGCGAGGAAACACCAACUCGCCUCCCGCCGACAUGGCGAAUGGUCACACUUCAGGCUUCUCGUCCGUUGGCCACAGCCGGCCAUCAUCCCCGCCGCCAGGUUCAAAAAAUGGCUCGACGACAAACUUGCAGCAGCAGGGCAACAACCAGGGCGGAGACGCACCGACCACGUGUACCAACUGUGCAACUCAGACGACUCCGCUGUGGCGUCGAAACCCUGAGGGUCAGCCUCUCUGCAACGCCUGCGGUCUUUUCUUGAAGCUCCAUGGCGUGGUCAGGCCCCUGAGUUUGAAGACAGAUGUUAUCAAGAAGCGAAACCGUGGCUCUGGAUCCAACGUUCCUGGGGCUACUUCGGGUUCGAGAUCGAAGAAGGGUGCAACCUCGACGGCAGCCUCGGGAACGAACACCAGGAAGAACUCUUCAUUGGCCAUCUCUCGAACAGCUUCGACCACUAAUGUCCAGGUUGCGCCCACCCCAGCCAUUGCACCGGCAGCGUCCCAGAGCAGAGCGGGAAGCGCCAAUGAGGGCGAGAGCCCCAUGUCUGGCGGUGGAAACACGGCCGGCAGCACACCGACGAGCAACAACAGCGGUGGCUCGGUGGCUGUCGGCGGUAAAGGUGUGGUGCCUAUAGCGGCUGCACCCCCUAAGAAUAUGCCUGGGCCCGGAGCCGCGGCAGCCGCGAGAACGGUUGCCCUCGGACCCAAGAGACAGCGUCGGCACAGCAAGCCGUCGACGGCCAACGCAAGUCUCAUCGGCAUGAACAGCGCCAGCCAUAGCGACGCUAUGGAGGUCGACAGCCCCGAAAAUUCGACCGGCUCGAACGAGGCUGCCACCAGGCCAAGUGGAUUCGGCACCGCAGCUACGUCGUCGUCAUUCGCUGGAUUGUCUUCCAACUCAUUCGGCAUGUCGUCGGCGUCGUCGCGGUCCAUGAUCACUCCGGGAAUGCUGGGAGGCGGCUUGUCGACAAGCGCACUCUCGUCGACUGGCGGGCUCUUGUCUUCUGGCUCAGCUGCUACCGCUGUGCCCCAGGAGUGGGAUUGGUUGACCAUGAGUCUGUAA